UACCGGAAGUUGCUUGAAAGUCUAAUGACGUAAUCAUUGAGGGAAGAAGAAUGUGAGCCUAAGGCAGAAGUUAAAUGAAACUUUAAUACAGUGAUGUGACAUGCAUGUGGGUAAUGUUCAAAUACCUAUCAAUGGAUGACUUGGGAACUUCAUCCUCAAUAAAUGAAGAAGAAGAGCUAGAUCCAAGAGUAAAGAUUCAGCUUGAGCACCUGAAUACAUGCACAGAUGAAAUAAACCAUCUUGAAAAUCAGUUAGAUGAGGCAAAUGGAGCCUUUCGAACAACACUAAGUGAUUCCUGCCAGAAACUGAAGCUCCUUGCUAAGAAGCUUGGUAAAUGUGUGGAGGUAGCAAGACCAUAUUUUGAUGCAAAGGACAUAGCACGCAAAGCACAACUAGAAUGUCAGAGAGCUGCUGUCCAGUAUCAGAGAGCUUGUGGUGUUCAUCUUGCAGCUAGAGAGACUAUUUCUAUUGCAGAAGCCAAGUUUAUAAAACACCAGAAGGAAUGGGAAUUUGACACUGCCUGGCAAGAGAUGGUUAACCAUGCUACUAUGAAGGUCAUGGAAGCUGAGGCCCAAAAAAUUGAAAGCGAGCGUGAACAUAGGCUAAGAACACAAGCAUAUAGUGAAGCUGAACAUAAAGUUCUCAUACUGGAAAGACAGCUGAAAAAAGAUAUUUCAAAAGCCAGGCCAUACUUUGAACAGAAGAAUGUCUUCCAGCACAUGUUACAGGACUUGAAGGUAAGAGUAGAGGCCCUCCAGAAAGCUGUCACAGAUGCCAAACGAUCUUAUUCUGAUUCCUUGCGUAGUUUGGAAAAUAUAUCUGAGGAAAUUCAUGACCGACGAAAGCUUUUACAACCUCGGGAGCCAGGUGUUGGAGCUGAACUCAAUGGUUCUUUUGAUAUUGAUAAUUUCCAUUCAGAAGAUGAUCAGGGGAUUGGAACUACUGACAAAGAAAAAGACUAUCAAGAGCCAGUUAUGUCUGGUAGGUGUUCUAAAACUGUCGGCCAUCGGGAACAUUAGAGAAAAAGUAUUUACAUUUUAAAAUGCUGUGUAUAAAGCUGGUUGAGAAAAUGUACAUCUGUUGUACUAUAGAAAAGUUUCUCUGCAAUUUUAGGUAAUGGUAACGUGAAGUUUGUCGGCAUCGGUUUGAUUUUUGUGUAUAACACCUGAUAUCAGGAAAAU